AUGACGACCCUCCGUCACCUCCUCUUCCUCUCAACCAUCUUCUCUCCCGCACUCUCCUCAGCCAUCAACGUCCCUCGCCAAGCCGUCUCCGACGAGACAACAACCACCUCCUCCGCCGCUCCCACCGGACCACCAGGCAUCGUGCUAACCCCACCCGACAUCCCCGAAUGGACAGUCACCGAGUCCUCCUACGAAUCCACCGACUUCGGGGAGCUCCCGGCCGAGACCGAAACCUCCUUGGAACCCAGCGAAAGCGACACCCUCCCAUGUGCAGGCAACCUAUUCCCCAUCAUCUCCUCCUCCAUGUCCCUCCGCCCCUGCACAACCACCUUGACCAGCACCGCAAGCCACAACCGUCCCUGCCCCCCACCCGAAUGGGACGGCACCCUGACUUCCUUUCCGUCCACCACCACGCUGUUCAAGCCCAUCAACUGCAACGGGUGCAGGUAUUGCUACUGUGCUCGUGGCGACGCCGAGCACGACCUGGACUGA